GCGACAGGCGAGAGGAGUUGUGGACGGAAGCUAAACAGGCACGAACCAGAAGAACAAAACCUCCUUGGUCCUCGUAUUUAUGUUUGGGAUUCAGAUUUGAGAGAGAAAGAAAGCAUGAACUAGUAAUGCGUUAAUGAAGGUUGUUUGAUGGGAUUGUUGCAAUUCUUAAUCUGUUUUGUUGGUCACAUGCAUUGCAGGUGAAGUUGUCAAAAGAGUAAUUGAUGCAAUUGUAAUUUGUAGCUAUAUUAUAGAUACAUAGAAACAUUAGAACGUUCAUAGAAAUGCUGGAUCCCGUGGAUGUGGAUAUUGCUGAUUCUGAUUUUCUCAACAACCAACUUGAUAAUGGAGACUCUUCUGACUCUGACAUCGAUAAUUACUGCAUGUCUUUUACUUGUAAGAAUCGCUUAUUCGGCCGCCAGAAGCCUCUUCAUGUUGUCCUCGGCGCCGGUGUAUCUGCGGACAUUAUACUUUGGAGAAACAAGCAGAUCUCGGCCUACAUUUUUAUGGGUGCUACACUUACAUGGCUUCUCUUUGAGAGGACAGGUUAUAACUUGGUUGUGUUUGUUUGCCAUGCUUCAUUGCUUUCAUUGACAGCCCUGUUCUUGUGGUCCAAUUUGGGUUCCUUCAUCUAUGUGUCUCCACCAGAAAUUCCAGAGACUAUCUUACCACAACAUCUGUUUAUGAGGACCGCUAUUUCCUUGACAGCUACAUAUAAUCAAGCAUUAAGGUCGUUUCGGCAUGUAGUUUUUGGGACAGACAUAAGAGAUUUCCUAUCGGUGGCGGUGGUUUUGUGGGUUCUCUCUGUUGUCGGACGUCUAUGCAGUUUCAUGAGUUUCCUUUACAUAGUGUUUGUGAUACUGAUGAUUGUGCCAGCGCUGUAUGACAACCUGGAGGAUAGCGUUGACUCCUUUGCAGAGAAAGCACUAAUUGCAAUAAACAAGCAGUACGCAGUGUUGGAUGAAAAAGUUGUCCAAAAACUCAAAAAGAGUGUAAUUUCUUCCAACAAUAGGAAGCAACAAUAAUUAUUUGAGGUUCUGCUGCACCCUUCCUCUUCAUAUGGUACAACUUCAUCUAAACUGUUACAUAUCUGUUUUUAUGGACAUGGACAAAGUUAGUUUCUUGAUUUUGAACCUCUCUUCACACGCAUUCAU